CUUCGAGCAGAUCGGCUGGCUUGGGGCUUCGCUCCAUCGGGCCCGCUCAGCGGCUACGGAGAUCUCAGAAGGGCAGCUCGUCGAUGGCAAGCUGGAGUGCCUCUACCAUGGCUGGCAGUUCGACGGCCAGGGCAAGUGCGUCAAGCUCCCACAGCUGCCUGAGGGCGCCAAGAUCCCGCGGAACGCGUGCGCGCGCAACUAUGAGGUGCGGGACUCGCAGGGGGUGGUGUGGGUGUGGAUGUCACCGGCGAGCCCGCCGGACACGAAGAAGCUGCCGUGCUUCGAGCCGUACGCGCGAGCGGGGUUCACGGACCUGUCCACGGUGCACGAGCUCCCCUACGACCACUCCAUCCUGCUGGAGAACCUCAUGGACCCGGCGCACGUGCCCAUCUCGCACAACCGCACCGACUGGACAACCAAGUGGGAGGACGUGCAGCCGCUGGCCUUCGAGGUCGCCGAGCGCACCGCCCGGGGCUUCGCCGGCCACUGGUGGCGCGAGCACACGCCACACCUCCGCAACCUGCUCCGCUUCGAGGCGCCCUGCGUGCUCACCAACACGCUUGAGUUCGUGGACAAGGACGGCAGGGAGCAGUGCUUCUCGGCGCAGUUCCUGUGCCGGCCGGCGGGGCAGGGGAAGUCGAUGCUGCUCGUCCGGUUCGGGUCCACGACGAGGUCGCCGCUGCUGAGGGUGCUGCCGAGCUGGUACUUCCACCAGAACGCGUGCAAGGUGUUCGAGGAGGACAUGGGUUCCUGUCUGUCACAGAACGAGGUGCUACUCCGGGAGAAGGUGCCCACCAAGGAGCUCUACCUCAACCUCCGCUCCUCGGACACCUGGGUGGUCGAGUACCGGCGGUGGAUGGACAGGGCCGGCCACGGCAUGCCCUACUACUUCGGCCACAGCACCAUGUCGCCGCCGCCCGUGCCGGCUGUCGUGGAGCAGGCGCCGGCGGGGGCCGCCGCUGGGAUCUCCGCGUCGUUCCCGGCCGAGGGCGGCUUCGGCACGCAGCACGCGCCCAACCCGACCAGCAGGUACUUCCGGCACGUCGUGCACUGCAAGGGGUGCAGGGACAGUGUCUUUAUUUUGAUAACAAACCGUGUUUCGUCGCACAAGCUUACCAGCUGAGUUGGCCACAACCUU